AUGCCAAGGCCACGUCAGGCUGUCCCCUCACCACCUCUUACCUCUGCUCCCUGCUCCCUUGCAGCUUUCUUUGGAAAAUACCUGAAUGAGUACAACGGAUCCUACGUGCCGCCUGGCUGGAAGGAGUGGGUCGGACUCCUUAAAAAUUCCCGCUUUUAUAACUACACGCUCUGCCGGAAUGGGGUGAAGGAAAGGCACGGCUCCGACUACUCCACGGAUUACCUCACGGAUCUCAUAACCAAUGACAGCGUGAGCUUCUUCCGCACAUCCAAGAAGAUGUACCCACACAGGCCUGUGCUCAUGGUCAUCAGCCACGCCGCUCCCCAUGGCCCUGAGGACUCAGCCCCCAAGUACUCACACCUCUUCCCCAAUGCGUCCCAGCACAUCACGCCGAGUUAUAACUAUGCGCCCAACCCAGACAAGCAUUGGAUCAUGCGCUACACGGGACCCAUGAAGCCCAUCCACAUGGAAUUCACCAACAUGCUACAGCGCAAACGCCUGCAGACCCUCAUGUCUGUGGACGACUCCAUGGAGACGAUUUAUGACAUGCUAGUAGAGACCGGUGAGCUGGAAAACACCUACAUCGUGUAUACUGCCGACCAUGGCUACCACAUUGGCCAGUUUGGCCUGGUGAAGGGCAAGUCCAUGCCCUAUGAGUUCGACAUCCGGGUCCCGUUCUAUGUGAGGGGCCCCAACGUGGAGGCUGGCUCUCUGAACCCCCACAUCGUCCUCAACAUUGACCUGGCCCCCACCAUACUGGAUAUCGCCGGACUGGACAUCCCUGCGGACAUGGAUGGGAAAUCCAUCCUCAAGCUACUGGACUCAGAGCGGCCAGUGAACCGGUUCCACUUGAAAAAGAAGCUGAGGGUCUGGCGAGACUCCUUCCUGGUGGAGAGAGGCAAACUGCUCCAUAAGAGGGAUGGUGACAAAGUGGACGCCCAGGAGGAGAACUUCCUGCCCAAGUACCAGCGCGUGAAGGAUCUAUGUCAGCGCGCCGAGUACCAGACAGCAUGCGAACAGCUGGGCCAGAAGUGGCAGUGUGUGGAGGACGCUUCUGGGACGCUGAAGCUGCACAAGUGUACGGGCCCCAUGCGGUUCGGUGGCGGUGGUGGCAGCAGAGGCCUCUCCAACCUGGUGCCCAAGUACUACGGGCAGAGUAGCGAGGCCUGCAGCUGCGACAGCGGCGGGGACUACAAACUGGGCCUGGCCGGACGCCGCAAGCUCUUUAAGAAAAAGUACAAAACCAGCUAUGCCCGUAACCGCUCCAUCCGCUCCGUGGCCAUCGAGGUGGAUGGUGAGGUAUACCACGUAGGCUUGGAUAAUGUGCCCCAGCCCCGUAACCUUACCAAGCGGUACUGGCCAGGGGCCCCCGAAGACCAGGAUGACAAGGAUGGUGGCAGCUUCAGUGGCACUGGCGGUCUUCCAGACUAUUCUGCUCCCAAUCCCAUUAAAGUGACCCAUCGGUGCUACAUCCUUGAGAAUGACACAGUCCAGUGUGACCUGGACCUGUACAAGUCCCUGCAGGCUUGGAAAGACCACAAACUGCACAUCGACCAUGAGAUUGAAACCCUGCAGAACAAAAUUAAGAACCUGCGGGAAGUCAGAGGUCACCUGAAAAAGAAGCGGCCAGAAGAAUGUGACUGCCAUAAAAUCAGUUACCACACUCAACAUAAAGGCCGCCUCAAGCACAAAGGCUCCAGUCUGCACCCUUUCAGGAAGGGUCUGCAGGAGAAAGACAAGGUAUGGCUGUUGCGAGAGCAGAAACGCAAGAAGAAACUGCGGAAGCUGCUUAAGCGGCUGCAGAACAAUGACACGUGCAGCAUGCCAGGCCUCACGUGCUUUACCCACGAUAACCAUCACUGGCAGACGGCGCCUCUCUGGACGCUGGGGCCCUUCUGUGCCUGCACCAGCGCCAACAAUAACACAUAUUGGUGCUUGAGGACCAUCAACGAGACCCACAACUUCCUCUUCUGUGAAUUUGCAACCGGCUUCAUAGAGUACUUUGACCUCAGUACAGAUCCCUACCAGCUGAUGAACGCAGUGAACACACUGGACAGGGACGUGCUCAACCAGCUACACGUGCAGCUCAUGGAGCUGAGGAGCUGCAAAGGCUACAAGCAGUGCAACCCCCGAACCCGAAACAUGGACCUGGGGCUUAAAGGCGGAGGAAGCUAUGAGCAAUACAGGCAGUUCCAACGUCGAAAAUGGCCAGAAAUGAGGAGGCCUUCUUCCAAAUCACUGGGACAGCUAUGGGAAGGCUGGGAAGGCUAAGGAGCCAUGAAGAGGAACCUUCAAAACCAGCGGCCUUGUGUGGCUGCCCAGGCAACGCAAACUCCACACAACCACCAACAGACCAGUGCUUGAACUGGGAGGCCUGACGGGAGGCAGGGUCUGCUCUUGGGACAGGAAAUCCUGAAGGACGACGCCCAGACUUCCUGAGGCCUUUUUUUUUUUUU